AUAUAUAUAUACACACACACACCACACAAGGCGUUCAUCGAUCGCACAACAAGCUCUUCACAGCUCUGAUCCGACCUGCGGCAUGUCGGGCAAGCACUGCUGCGACAAGUGGGCAUGGCGGCGCAAGAUCCUCAAGAGAAUCUUCUGGGGCAUUGUCAUCGUCGGCUCCAUCAGUCUGGUGACGUUCCUCAUCCUCAGGGCCGUGUUCAAGCCCUCCACGCCCAACUUCGUCCUCCAGGACGCCACCGUCUUCGCCUUCGACGUCACCUCCCCAAACCUCCUCACCUCCACCUUCCAGGUCACCCUCUCCUCAAGCAACCCAAACGACAGGAUGGGGGUCUACUACGACAAAGUCGACGUCUACGCCACCUACUGCAAUCAGCAAAUCACCCUCCGCACCGCUAUCCAUCCCACCUACCAGGGCCAAAAGGACACCAACGUCUGGUCACCCUUCAUCUACGGCACUGCCGUGCCAAUUUCCCCCUACAAUGCCCUGUUGCUCAGGCAGGACCAAGCCAAUGGGGCCGUGCAGCUCACCAUCGAGAUCGAUGGAGGAGUCAGAUAUAAAGCUGGCAGCAUUAUUUAUGGUCGUCACCGUCUCAACGUGAGGUGUCGCGCUUAUAUAAACUUCGGGAACAGGACCAACGGUAUUGUGGUGGGAGAAAACGCCGUUAAGUACCAGUUUCUGCAGAGUUGCAGCGUUAGCGCAUGAACGUGGUGGGGCCAUUGAGCAUUCUCCAUCUCUCUAUUUAACGCCGUUAGUUUCUUUUCUUUUUUUUUUUUGAAAGGGUUAGUUUCUUGUUUAUUAUGCUUCCCUCUUUUUUUCCUUUUUUGUUUAUAAAUAUUUGUCUGUGUUCAAUUAAAUACCUGUCUGCUUCGUACCUUGGAUAAUAGUUUUGAAAAAGCGCUUUUUUA